AUCGAAAUGGCAUCCGGUCCUCAGUAGGCUACGUACGUGUAGCUGAUACAGUACCAUUCUGCCCAUCUUUCCCCUGAGAUCACAACAAUACUAAUACUAUGUGGCUCAAAAGCUUCAUUUUUUGUUGGUGGUGCAGAACGUUGAAAUCGGGCGGCAGGCGGGAAAGGGCAGCAACGUUAAUGCUUGGCUUCAGGUACUCGGCUCAGCUCGCGGAGGCAUUCCCAGACACAGAGCAUCUCUGAUGUAGAAUGUAAAUAUGCGGUAGUUUGGCUUCAAGAGAAUUGGACUCGUUUUUCCAGUCGGUUCCUCUUAGGUUCCUAGGUAGACCUUAGCCGUAUUGACAUCAUGUUCAAGUGGGAUGUGCUGGAAUAUAUGUUGAAAUGAUAGAGCUAUGGGUCAGAUUCAUAGGUCCAACAUUUCUGAUAAAUGGGGUGUUUUGGUGCUCUACCCUCUUAAAUAUGUACAACUUGUAUCUUAGAUUUUAUCCAGAAUUUUGCUAUAGUGGUACUCUCCGUGAAUCGAACCAGAAAUUAUGGCACCGGAGGAUAUGGAUGUUUUAUUUUAGAAAAUGGGCCGCAGAUAAUGACUUUACAGGCACGUUAACUUUUGUAACUGUGCCACUGAUGGAUGUAACAGCGAAUAUUCUGAACAAUGCAACAGCUGUGCAUUCUAGCCCCGGAAGGCUCCAGGGGAAUUCCACGUACUUCGUAUAGUGCUAUCUCAGGCGCUGCGCCACUCGAUUGUUGCACUAGCCCCAGAUUUGAACUUCAAGCCCAUCACAGUCAGACUUGGCGUGAUCAAGCUCGUUCGACUUAUAGACGUUGUGGACUUUGCAGGUCUACAGGGCUUAUUGGGAC